AUGAGGAGAUUCACCUUGGUAAUAAUCCUCACCGUGGUUGUAAGAGCGACGUGCAUAUAUUCGGUGAAGAAGGCCUCCCCCAGGAAGAAUCUCCACAUUUUGGAGAAGAGAAAGAAAUUCUAUUUUGUGAGACACUCCCAAGGAAAGGACCAUAUAAGAAGAACCAUCCUAAGGAGGAAUGAGAAGCUGCAUCUGCGGAUCUACGGAAAGGACCACAGAAACCCCCACCUGGCAUACGAAUAUGUGAACAAAAUAAUUGAGAACAAAAAAUACGAAGUGAGCAAACUGUUGGAAGAAAAUAUCGAGGAAGACAACCCUCUACAAAUAAGAUUGAAAUAUUUGCAACACACGAUGAAUAAUAAGUUGUCUGAAAGUCUGAAGAGGACAAGUCCAGAUGAGAAGCACAGGCUGUCCAUGGUGGCUGACGUGAAAAGGAAAAUAUUUUGCAGUGUCACUAGGAGGGAGGAAGGCGGCCACCCAACGGUAGAUGAAAUAUCUGAAACGGAGGCAAACAGUGAAAGUACCGAAAAAAGGAGACGCAUUUGGAAGGAGGAAAAUUACAUGUACCAAAAUAAUUUCCUUAAUUUGGCAAACCCAGGCAAUGUGAGUCUGAUGCUGCACGAAAUAGGCUUCGACGUGUUAAUAGUCAAUAUUGAUAAUUUAUCUACCCAAGGAAAUUUAAACGAUUUAUGUGACGUAGUUAGGAGCUCGAGAAAGUUUCCCCGAAAUGUUCGACCCGCAGUAGUGGUGGACGAUGUGAUUAUACACCCUAUACAAAUUGCCCUCGCAGUGGAAAACAAAGCAGAUGGAGUUAUUUUAAAUUUAUCCUAUUUAAAGAAUGACCUGGAAGACAUGUUAAACUAUUGUGUUAAUUUAGGAACCCAAGCAAUUGUAGAGGUCCACGAUUACAAUGAUAUUUACUUCGCCACCCAAUGUGGAAGCUACAUACUUAUGAUCAACGAAUUUGAUUUUCUGAACAAUAAAUAUGAGUACAAUCAUGCGAUAAAGGCAAGCAGUUACGUCAUCCCUGAGUUAAUUACCAUUGCGAAAAUUAAUGUGGAUGAUUUUAAUUAUGCACACCAGUUAGGUAGUCUAGGUUAUGACAGCAUAUGCUUAGAAAAAAAACUUGUAGAUAAUGAUCUGCCCAAUUUUGUCGAAGCAUGUAAGAGUUGGAAUGCCCCUCAUAAGACACUGCUCUACAUGAAUAGGAACAAUUAUUUGAAAAAUUUUCUAACUUAUACGAAUAACCCAUCGGGGGAGACACACAAAGAGAUCACGGAAAAUUUGAAAAAAAUCUACGACGAUAAGAAUCUGCAGAAUAGGUCUUCCCACGAGCUUUUGAAAAAUUACGAAAAGGAUUUCAUCGAUGCGGUGGAGGAGGGAGGAACUGGACAGUCGAACGAUCCGCAACAAACACAGCAGGGGAGUACAAACUCACUUCCAGCGGGAGAUAAAACGAAUGGUAAUAACACCCCGGUGGAAGGAGGAGAGAAGCCAAAGGAUAACCUCCUAACGAGUGACGAAAAAAAAAUUGUGCAAAAUUUUAAGAGGGAAAAAAAAAGAGAGCUAUACCUUCUGAACCAAAUGAGAGACAUUAUAAAACAAGUGGAUGAUCAGUGCAAAAAUUACGACAACUUUUCUGAUGAAGAAAAUAAAAAGAAGGAAGAAAAUUUGGAAACGCUUUUGGAAAACUUUACCAAAAUGGAUAAAAAUUUUUUAAGAGGCUUCUUUUCAGAUGAAGAAAUUAAGAACAUAGAGAAUAGCAUUAGGAAGUCCAUACAGCAAAAGGAGAAAAUCGAAAAGGGGGAAAUAAACCCUGAUGAGAACAGUGUGGCUAGGGAUAUGUAUGGCAUACCAACUGGCCAAGGGGAAGACUUUGACAUUACUAAAAUGACGAAGGAGUUUUUUGACAACGAUUCCGGAGGGGAGAAACUGUUAGAUGAGGAGUCGCAGAAGUUGGGGGGUGAUUCCACGGGUGAUUCCUCAGACGGGGCAUCUUCCAGGGGGGUGGACUCACAGUAG